AUGGCCCUGGAUUAUGCUUCUAUAGACGUCUCUAGAUGGCGGCACUUGCCACCGCCGCCCGGCUGGCUCGGCGUGUCCAAUGCCAAAAGCGUCUCAACAAAGGCCGUAACCGAAAAGGCCAAAGCCUACGAAACGCUGAAAGCGAGCCGCGCAUGGGACUUUGCCAUCUCGCCCGCGAAACAGCUGCCCAUGCAGUUCUUCAUGCUGUACAUGUCCGGAGGAGGCGUCCAGAUCUUCAGCAUGGGUAUCGUCGCUAUGUUGCUGUUCUCGCCGUUCAAGGCGCUCGCGGGCAUCAACGCCGCUUUUGCGCCGUUCGCACCGGGCACGCUCGGCGCAUCAUCACCACACGCGCAUGACCUAUCAACAUUGGCAUUACAGAAGAUCGUGUAUCUGGCUUGUAACGUCGCCACGCUGUUGCUGGGGCUGUGGAAGUGCCGACAGAUGGGGCUGUUGCCGACGGGCUCAGGCGAUUGGUUGGCUUUCGAGACGAGAGGGCUGGCGCCGGAGUUGUCGUUGUUGUAA